AUGGCACUUUUGAACGUUUUGGGAAUCACUGUCUUAAAACAGACGUUUACGAUCAGUUCCAUAAACAAGCACACACUAUCUGGCGGCCAGGUGUUAGUGAACCAAUGUCAAGUCCCAGACAAUUUCUCUGAAGUAAAACAAGCCUUAGAAACUGUACAAAAGAACUCACAAUACUUACAAAAUGACAGAGAAACUUACCUACAAGAUGUUAUGGAACUUAUCAAGGAAGAUACCAUUGUUAAAACCAUCCCACAAGUCGUUGUUACACCUGAAUACGAGUACCAACAACAACCGUCCAUAGACUAUGUCAAAAAGCCAUCUGUCACAAACUAUUCUGAACAGUAUGCCGAAAAAACCAUGCAACAUAAUGAUUUGAUGCAGUUGUUAGAGGAGAAUUAUGAUAUGUCACCACAAUCUAUAUCGAAUUCCAUAGACCAAUUCGGUCAUGAGCAAUUCACCGAUAUCUUUAAUUACGUCCAAAAAGAAUACAGCCAAACUUCAAACGAUGGUUUUGUUAACGCAGAAUAUACUUAUCCUACUCCACCGCGCUCCGAAACGGUACCCAGUCCCAUGUCAGCGUCUCCCGGAUCAUUUUAUCCAACAAACUCCGAAUACACACUGUCCCCGGAAAGAUCGCCGAUAUACAACUGCGAUUACGAAAAAUAUCAAGAGAUCCCCCAUUUUGAAGAAGAAAAAGAAGCCACAGAUAAAAAAGCGCGGGAACGCACCGCCUCUAUAUCGUCUAUGACAAUGAAACAGUUCAAGGAUAUGCAAAAGGAGAUCGUACAUAAUUUCUCCAAGAAGGAUUGUUGUGAAGUUACAAGGAAAUCGUGCAAAGAAUUGUUUAAAGAGCAUCUACAACGAAUCAACCCGGCUGCGAGGAAGAAUUUGUGCAUGAACUUCGCUAAAUUAGAUCUGACAGAAGCUUACAAUGUGUUAGAACCGAUCCUGAAGAAUUUGUCGAAGAGCUCUGAGAAAGAAGAUGUGGAGUACUGUCUGUUCACCAUGAUCUGCGAGAGGAUGCUGGCGCAGGACCCUGCUCUAUUCGUUGGAGAUGCAGGCCUAAGUAUCCUGAAGUCAGCAGCUCUCCGGUGUCCCAACAGGCCACUGCUCACCAGGUACCUGGUGGAAUGCAUUCGAAAAGCCAUCAAGGCCAAUCCCAACCUCGUUGCGAACAGGGAAUACAUUUUCCAUGAGGUGGACGCUUUAGGCGAUAACUUGGUGAUAGCUUGCGCCCGUGCGGGUGACAGUUGUGCUGACGUACUGAGCGAGCUGGUGAGACCGUACGACGGUCAGCCACCACUGUUCAGACUUAGGCACACCAACGCUGAUGGAUAUACAGCAUUGCAUGUGGCCUGCAGUCAGCACAGCGCGGCCAGUCCGCGCCUGCACACCGUACACGUCCUGCUCGUACACGGUGACUUUGAUAUUACUGAGGGGGAUCUGAAAGGUGGUGAUACAGCCCUACAUCUAGCUGUGAACUCAGUCCACUGUGAUCUACAACUCAUUCUGAUGAUUUUCAAAAACAUUGAUCGCAAGGAAUGGAAGAAUUUGGCUCACCAUCGCAAUCUCAGUGGUAAGACGCCCUUGGAUCUCACGCGCACGGCCGCGAAAAACAAAUCCCGAAUUGAGUAUCCACAAGAAGUCCUAGAUUUCCUCAAAAAAUGCCGUUAAAAGAGAAAUUAACAAAAAAUAAACGCUAAAGAACUAAAAAUUUAGUGUUUAAUGUUAAACUACA